AUGGGAGCAGCUGGGAAAGCGAAGGCAAAAGGAAAAAAAGCCGCGAAGGGCAAAAAAGGAGCAAAGGGAAAGAAAGCUGCGAAGAAAGACGGGGCACCGACGUCAACCAAAGAUGCCGAUGAUGAGGACGAAGACGACGAUGGGGACAACGCGGAAGCAGAUGAAGCUGCUGCCCCUACUUCCGGAGCAGGUGGAAAGAAGAAGGGAAAGAAGGGCAAAGCCGCAAAAAGCAAAGCAAAGGGCAAAGCAAAAGCUGGUGGAGGGGUGAUGCUGGUUGAUGCCACUGCAACGGCCAAGAAGGGUUUCACCCUCGCGAAGGCAGCGCCCAAGACGAGGGCUUCCCAAAUCCCAGAAAAUCUCCACGACGAUUUCGAAACCGAUGACAUCGCAGUCGAAGAUGAUGGCAAGGAAGCCCUCAUCAAAAAGCUCCGGGAGGUCCUUGACGAUCCCAAGACCGAUUUGCAUCAAGUCGAGUCUGCGCUCACUCACGCGGAUGCCGCAGAUGAAGACUUGACCGACGAACCCGAAUACAAAAAGUGCAAGGAACUAGUGGAGAAGUUGCGGAAGAAACAGGCUGCUAUUAUGGCAUUAGGAGAAGCGAUGGAGGCGUUUCAGAACGAGGCGGAAGAGGGGGAAAACUUGAAACCGGCAUUGGGGAAGUUGGAGAAAGCGAUUGAAAAGGCGACGGACGUACAAUUACACUUAUACAGUCUUUGAUUCAACGGUGCGCAUCUCCAUCUGAUGAAGAUGAUAUUUCUUUGUUUGCUUCAUCUGCUUUUAUUCCUUUUCACCAACAGCAACAUUUGAGUGUCUUCAACACUUCAAAUUCACAAUCUUUUUCUCUUGAACAACUAUCACAACAUUGCUCAUUUUUCAUUCUCUCUCCACCACCAGGCCGGCGCCACCACUGCUGACAGUACUACCUUAAGCGAGGCCCUUGAAGCUGUUGCCGCUGCCAAAAAGCGUAUUGAAGAGCGCGCGAAACUCAUGGAUCUUCUCUCCAAUGGUAAUUUGGACGACUUCAAGGCCUUGCUUGCUUCUCUGAGUGAAUCCAAUGUCCUCACCGAAGCCGACGAGACGGAGUUCGAGGAGAAGCUUGAACUCUUCGCCAACAAGGAGAAGGCCGAACAGGCUCUAGAAGAAGUUCUCAAGAAGAAGCCAAUCGAUGUGAACCAAUUGAAGAGUGCCAUUGCCAGUCUCAAAAUGUUGGGUGGAGACGUGUCUGCAGCGGAAAAGGUCUUGGCGGUUGAGUUGCCGAAGAUGGAAGCCUUGGAAAAAUUGGAGGAGGCGCUGCACAAUGGUGGAUCCAACAACUUCGAUGCUGUUGUCGCAGCUUUCACCAACUGCAAGAAGUUGAACAUUUUGAUGGAUGAGCGUCCUCUGAUGGUCGAGACGUCUGAUUGGAUCGAAAACGAGAAAAAGAAGCAAGCUUUGAGGAAAGACAUCAAGGAAGUUCUGGAGAAAACCAAGGCUUUUGAAAAAGAGGGAGAAGUCGACACUCUAAAGGCUUGGAAGGAAGAGUGUCAAUCGGUGUUUACUAAGUCGAAGGAAGCAGGGAUGGGCGAGUCGGAUUUGGCGGAUUUAGAGGUGAGGAAAAAGAAGAUCCACAACCGAGUGGAGGAUUUGAAGGGUUCGAUCCGUGUCUUCGUUCGUACGCGUCCGUUUAAUCAGCGUGAGGCGGAUUUGGGAGACAAGAACGCGGUGACGCGCGUCGACGCCCAAACUUUGUCGGUCGACAACAACGGCACUGCGAAGCAGUUCACUUUCGACGCGGCUCAUUUUCCUGGGACUCAGGAAGCGAUCUUCGAGGACACCAAGGACUUAGUUCAGUCUGCCUUUGACGGCUACAACGUGACGAUUUUUGCCUAUGGACAGACGGGUGCGGGGAAGACGUACACGAUGACAGGCAAGCCCGACGAUCCAGGUGUUGUCCCUCGUGCGUGCAAGGAAGUCUUUUCCAUCGUUGAGAGGGAUGAGGCAAGAUUUCAAUUUACCGUCUCGUUGCACAUGGUGGAAUUGUAUUGUGCAGUAUUCACAGAUUUGCUGCAAAAGUCUGGGGCGAACACGGGUGUCAAGCCACCGGAGAUCAAGGUCCGCAAGGAGAAAGACGGCACUGUGGCAGUUGAUAACGCAGUGGAAAAACAGGUUUUGUCCGCAGAAGCGUUACAAACGUCGAUUGAGGAAGGCUUCAACAUGCGAGCUGUGGCUGCCACCGCGAUGAAUGCUGAGUCUUCACGUUCCCACUUGAUCACCAUUAUCAAAUUGUGCUCUGUGAACAAGGAAACGAAGCAGAAAGUGACCGGGAAGUUGUUGAUGUGCGACUUGGCUGGUUGCGAACGCAUUGCCAAAUCCGAAGUCACGGGUCAAGCGCAAAAAGAAGCCAUCGAAAUUAACAAGUCCUUGACCGCUCUAGGAGAUGUCAUCGAAGCCUUGACCACUCAGCCACCAGGCAAGAAGUUCAACCCGAGCUUGGUCCCCUACAGAAACCAUCAGUUGACACAAUUGAUGCAGGACGCAUUGGGUGGAUCGAGCAAGACACUCAUGUUCAUGAACUGCUCUCCGGCUAGCAGCAACGUCGACGAAACCCUCAACUCCCUCAAAUACGCUGAGCGCGCGAAAAAGGUGCAGAACACUGUCAUUAAGAAGAAGUAAUGAUCAUCCGACUCUUGGAUCUCCCUUUCGAAAUUCCUCAUCCGUCGAUCCGAAUAAGGGAAUCAGAGCCUGCAGACACUUGAGGAGCAGCACGUUAAAAAAAUCAGUGGUAUUUCAUCAAAUAUCAUGGAAUCUACUUUUCCUAAACAUAGGUACUUAAUCAUAAGUCAAACUUUUCGAACAUCAAAUAGCGGAAACGCCGAGCUCAUACUAUGUGGCCGUAAGCGAAAACAAGAAAACAGAAAAGUAAAUGAACAAUCAUCUACUUAGUCCUUGACAUUGAAAUUCUUCAUAUUGACAUAGAAAUGAGUACUUUCAAUAGCAUGCCAUACGCAUAUCUACCACGCGUCAUCAAUUAACUAAGUUGUAAGGUCAUACUUAUAAUAUUUUUU